AUGUCAGCUGUUGCCCCACAAAAAAACGUAGUUCAAACCCACGGUAAAAAAAGAACCGCCGUCGCUGUUGCUUAUGCUACCAACGGUAAAGGUUUAAUCAAAGUUAAUGGUGUCCCAUUAGAAUUCAUCCAACCAAAGAACUUAAAAUUAAAAGUUUACGAACCAGUCUUAAUUGUUGGUAAAGAUGUUUUCUCACAAGUUGAUAUCCGUGUUAGAGUCAGAGGUGGUGGUUCAGUCGCUCAAAUCUACGCCAUCAGACAAGCUAUCGCUAAAUCAAUCGUUGCUUAUCACCAAAAAUACGUUGAUGAAGAAUCCAAAAAUGAAAUCAAAAAGAAAAUCUUAGAUUACGACAGAUCUCUCUUAGUUGCUGAUCCACGUAGAUGUGAACCAAAGAAAUUUGGUGGUCGUGGUGCCAGAGCCAGAUUCCAAAAAUCAUACCGUUAA